AUGCCGCACGGGUAUGGUGAUAAUAAUAUUACGAUGAACAGUGACGUAUCCAUGCUGGAGGUCAUGGUCACCUUCUUUUUAAGUCAUAAGUGUUUGAUUACUUCAAUAUCCCUGUUUCCUCCGAAACCACAGAAAGCGAUGAGUACAAUUCGAAAAUUAGGCAAAAUCGCAACGCCCCGUUAUCAAUUUAAUAUGGAAAAACUUACUUCAUCUGUACGGUCAUCUAUGGGACCUCCUUCAGGAUUACCCCCGAGUUUCAAAAGAAAGAUUGUAUCGAACUCAAAUUCAACUAAGCCUGAAUCAUCUUCGAGUAGUCAGGUGCCAUUUCGGAUUUUAGCCAAUGAUUCAGCUGUUGUUGAUACCUCAGAUUUUUGUACCCCGAAACACCGGCCGUCUACACUGAGAUACAUUAGCAGCAGUAGUAGAGGUGGUUAUAGUGGUACUAGAUCUGCAAGGUCUACAAGCAAAUCAGCCGUAGACCCUAGCGUAAUUUUAGCGAUAUCUGAGGGGCGUGGGAUGGCUCGUGGAGAAAUAGGUAUAGCAGCCAUAGACUUACGCCAUCCUCAUAUGAUAUUGUGUCAGUUUAGUGAUACUCUACUGUACUCACAUACACUGACGAAAAUUAACUUUUUUAAUCCUAUUGAGAUAAUAGUGCCCCAUACUUUCUGCGAAGGUCCUCAAGUGAAUCAACUUUAUAAAUUGAUAAAAGAUCAUUUCCCUUUGUUAAAUCUAACUGCCGUACAAAGGCGGCACUUUAACGAUGCAGCCGGUCGACAGAAUAUUCAAACCCUUUGUGCUCCACAAUAUAGCGCCGUUUAUCUUCAAGUUUUACAUAAGUUUUACGCACUGACAGCUGCAGCUGCCGUUUUAAAAUACGUAGAAUAUAUUCAAUGCAUAGUAUUCGCUAGAGAAUCAUUGAAGAUCGAAUAUCAUUCAUCCGAAAAUACGAUGAUUAUUGAUGUUGGAACUGCAACUCAGUUAGAACUAGUUCAACCAUUAGUGCCUUCGGCUGGACCUACGUGUUGCUUACUAGGUGUCUUAGGGCCAACGUAUACUGUUGGAGGAAUUAGAGCUUUAAGAGCUGCUAUACUCCAGCCAUCGUGUAAAAAAGAAUUUAUUGAAGCAAGGUUAGAUGCUGUGCAGGAAUUAAUAGAAAGUGAAUCAGGUUUAAUGGCUGAUUUACAGGACGUAAUAAAGAAAUUGUCAGAUAUAGACAAGAUUUUAUUAUUAUGCAUCGAAUCACCAAAUCAGAACAUAGACAGAUUUGGAGAGGCACAAUUAAAUCAGACACUACUAUUAAAAACUACAAUGGAAAUGGUGCCAAAACUAUUGGAAUCAUUAAAAAAUGUUGAAAGUGGAAGACUAAGAAAAAUUAAAAUGGAUUUUGAAAAUCCACAUUACGAAGAAAUAGCAAAUCAAAUUCGCAAUGUAAUACAAGACGACGCACAUUUAGAGAAAGGCGCUAUGGGCAGCCUGCAACGUUGCUUUGCAGUCAAACCAGAAAUAAAUGGUCUUCUAGACGUAGCGAGGAGGACUUAUUCCGAACUAAUAGAAGACAUCCAAAAGAUUGUUGAACAAUUAAGUGAAACAUAUGACCUGCCGAUACGUCUCAAUCAAAAUGUCAUGAAAGGAUUCCAUGUCGUUCUUCCCGUUGCUCAAAAGAAUAGGAGACAAUUCAUAGUCGAAGAUCUACCUCCUAUUUUUAUCCAGGUAGUGUUCAAUGGGGCGAGUGUAACGAUGACCACAGAAGAACUAGUCGUACUAGACCAACAGGCUAAGGAUUCGUUGAACGAAAUACAGAAGAUGAGCAACAUUGUUAUUUCUUCAUUACUGAAAGAACUUCGUCCAUUCAUGUCGAGUCUUUACACACUCUGCGAGGACGUUGCGGAAUUAGAUAUUUUACUAGCUUUAGCUCAUGCAAGCACAAUAGGUUCAUAUAUUCGACCAGAUUUUAAUAAUUAUUUAGAAAUACGUAACAGCGUGCAUCCGCUCUUAGACUACAAUAGUCAGGCUAUGCCCAUCCCGAACGAUAUCUAUGCAAGCCCAGAGAAAAAUUUUACAAUAAUAACUGGGCCGAAUAUGGGAGGCAAAAGUAUUUAUAUAAAACAAAUUGCUAUUAUGCAAAUUAUGGCGCAAUUGGGUUGUUUCUUACCAGCGACGAACGCUGUCCUCAGGUUGUGCGAUCGAAUAUUUUCGAGAAUUGGUUUCAAUGACAGCGUAGAAUUUAAUGCUUCUACUUACGUGAUUGAGAUGAAAGAGACUCAGCAUAUUUUAAAGGGUCUAACUUCGACAAGCUUAGUGAUCAUAGAUGAACUGUGCAGAGGGACAAACAUCGAAGAAGGAACAAGUAUGGCGUGGGCCAUUUGCGAAGAACUGCUAAUGAGUGAAGCUUUUACUUUCUUUACUACGCACUUUAUCUAUCUCACGAGACUGCAAGACUUAUAUCACAACGUUAUUAACUGCCACACAACUGUGAAAGAAGUGGUGACAAAUUCUGAUCCCUCCGAAAAGAAAUUAGUGUACGAACACAGGAUUGAAAGUGGCAUAACGAAAAUAGAACAUUAUGGAUUAGCUUUAGCAGCUAGAACAAAUUUACCCACCGAAACUAUUAAUUUGGCCAAAGAACUCGCAGAACUCAUUAGUAGAAAUAAUAAGCCACAGGUUUAUACGGCACCUUUUAAAACUGAUGAUCAAUUAAUAUACGACUUAAGUGCUAAAAUUCGAUAUGAAUCUCGUAAAACUUACAAACCCGAUGAAUUGAUAAGAACCAUUAUACAUCAAUUCAAAAUCGAAAAUCCUCAAAUAGUGACAAAAAUACGUGCAGAAAGAAGAAAACAAAGUAAUGAAACAUCAGAUUCAAGAUCUAUUGUUGAAAAUACAAAAAGUUUGAUUACAUCUAAUGAUUUAAGCAACAAGCAAAGUACGAUACAAAGGGCACAUGUUUUAUCAGAUUCGACUAAAACAUUAACUUCCAACGAUUCGCAUGAAAAUAAUUCCAAAAGCAACAUUAAAAAUAUUCAUACUUCUGUUAAAUCAUCUAAUGAAUUACUUAACGCGUUUAGUGAUACUACCAUUCAUAAAUAUAAUGAUGAAAUAGAAACAGUUAUUGAUGUAAAUGAUAGCAUGAACACAGGAAGUAAAACUAAUAAUACAGACAAACUAAUAAUAAAUCUUAAUGGUGAUGAUAAUGUAACGAAUGAAGAUGAAAAGUCUACAAAUGAUGACAGCAAAUUAUCAAUUGAGAGUGACGAGAGUGAAUCAGAUCUGGCAAGUGCUUUAACUCAAAUAAUUGAAGAAAAUUCAGAGGAAAGCACAAAUUCUGAACAAGACAGCAAUAUGUCAAUCGAUGAAGAGUUAAUGAGGGAAACCCUGAACGAAAUUAACGAAGAUCUUAACAAAAUGACUUGUGAUCUAGUAAUGGAUACAAUCAUUCUUACCCCACCACUAGAAUUUCGAGAUUCUAACUAAAUAAAUCUCGCUGUUUCAAA